AUGGAAAUCACCAUGUUUUUCCCUCUGUUGCUUCUGGUCUGCUGUGCUUCAGGAGAUCCGACUGAGACAAAUGAAAAAACCGUUGAGCAGCAGGUAAUCAGUUCUGAGCUGACCGUGCUGGCUGAGCUGAAGGAGGAGAUGACGGCCCUACAGAGACAGAACCGAGAGCAAGAAGCAAAACUGGAGAGUCAGAAGACCGAGAUCGACCAGCUGAAACAGCAGCUACAAGUCAAACAGGUGGCUUUCUCAGCCUCUCUGCUGGAUCAAGGUGAUGGAUAUACUGGACCCUUUAACACACAGGUCACACUGGUCUUCAAACGUGUUGUCACAAACAUUGGAAAUGCCUACAACCCUGGCACAGGGAUUUUCACUGCACCAGUGAGAGGAGUCUACCACUUUGAGUGGAAAACCUACGGGUACGGAGGGAUCCAGAACGGCGCUGUGCUGUUCAAAAAUGAAGAGCACAUUUUUAUUGCAUAUGAACUUCAGUCGUCCGGCGCUGCAAGUUCCUCUAAUUUUGUCUCACUGCUCCUGGAGGUUGGAGAUCAGGUGUUUUUGCGUCUCUGGGCUGAUUCAAAGAUUUAUGAUAAUCAAGUUCACCACAACACGUUCAGUGGUCAUCUGCUUUUCCCCAUGUGA